GGCUCCAGGGUUACAUUGAGAGCCAAGUAUGGACCCCGACGCAUGUGUCUUGGUCGCUGGAGGACGAUAAGACUCUACGAACAGAUCAUCUAGCUGACGACUGCUCUAUUUAGUUCCCAGUUGGUUGGGUGUUAUUGGCCAAAGGAUUUCCUCGGAAUUUUCGACACAUCACCGCAUGUGAUGUGUGAUGCCCUACUCCAGCAUUACGUCUCUUAUCUGGGUCUAAAUUGGUCAUUGCCUCUUCUCAUUCUCCAUUCCCCAGUCUCCGCACGAGCCGGGUCAGAUCUCCCGUCUCUGAAACCGCGCGGACCAGGAUUAUCUCCGCCCUCAAAUACCAGUUUUCGUCAUCCUUCCGCGAGGGCAAUUGCGCUGGUCCAGUUCCCCGGGCCAUUGAAUCGCCAUAAUGGCCAGUUACCAUGAAGAAAGCGCUCUUGGAGACAUCCCCAAAAUGCGUACAGUAGAUCUGGAGGGCACAUUAGAGAAGGGAUAUUGGAAAUCGCGCCCAACGUCCCGGAUCCGAUCUAUUCCUACGCGGGCCGCUCAAUGGUGUGUUGAUCACCUCCGGCCGGCAUUCCUGACCGGAAUUGGUGGCCACAGCAGCCACCAGGGCAGGCGUACCGCUUACUUAGACGGACUUCGAGGUUUUGCAGCCUUUCUCGUAUACUGGGGUCAUCAUGAGCUGUGGGCUCACGAUGGCAUCGGGGCCGAGAUGAUUUUUGAGAAUGCCUACGGCUACCAGAAAAAACACUACUUUGUUGCCUUCCCUGGCGUGCGCAUCUUCUUUUCGGGUGGCCACUUCGCCGUCAGCGUCUUUUUCGUGCUGUCGGGCUAUGUUCUUUCCGCCAAACCACUCUCCUUGAUCAGAGCCGGCGACUAUCUUCAACUGGGGGAUAACCUGGCCUCUGCCUUAUUUCGGCGCUGGUUACGGCUGCACAUUCCCGUCAUUUGCACCACCUUCAUGUACAUGACAUAUCUACAUUUGUUUCGCAUCCACGCGACUCCUGAGAUCAAAUCAAGCUACGGAGAGGAGCUCUGGAACUGGUAUGUCGAGUUGAAGAACUUCAGCUUCGUCUUCCGCACCGGUGGUGAGCCCUGGUUUACCUAUAAUUUCCACUCGUGGUCUAUUCCCGUCGAGUUCCGCGGGUCCAUCGUCAUCUACACAGCUCUCCAAGCAUUUUCGAAAUGCCGACCCAACGCGCGACUAUUGUGUGAACUCGGAUUGAUCUUCUACUUCAUGUACAUCGCCGACGGCUGGUUCUGCGCACUCUUUAUGUCAGGUAUGCUGCUCUGUGAUUUGGAUCUACGUGCCGCCAGGGACGAGCUUCCCGACGUCUUCAUGAUGCUAGAGCCGUUCAAAGAGGGCAUAUUUUACGCCAUGUUGUGUAUCAGCAUGUACUUGGGUGGCGUUCCGUCCCGGACUUGGGAGGAACAGUUCUUAAGAGAAUCUCCGGGGUGGCACUACUUGUCCUACCUGAAGCCCCAGGCGGUCUUUGAUUUCAAAUGGUUCUACCUGUUCUGGGCGGCGACCUUCUUGGUGGCAUCAAUUUCGCGGAUCCACUGGCUGAAAAGCUUCUUUGAAACCCCCUUCAACCAAUAUCUUGGCCGCAUCUCCUUCGCAUUCUAUUUGGUCCACGGACCGGUCCUCUGGGUAUUGGGGGAUCGCCUCUAUGCCGCGGUGGGUUGGGUUCGGGACUCGCAUGCGAUAACCUGUCCAGGGUGGAUUAAUCGCUUCCCUCUGCCCAAAGUCGGCCCACUUGGACUGGAAUUGAACUUCUUCGCUCCCCACCUCAUUUUGCUGCCGGUGACGCUUUGGCUCGCGGAGAUUGUGACCAAAUUCGUCGACGAGCCCAGUGUCCGGUUUGCACAGUGGUUCUAUCGGAAGACGCUGGCUCCCGCAAACCAAUCAUAG